CGAGUCCUUCUUGUCUGCGACUUUGAAGCGAAAUCUCCAUUUCUGUAGUAAAUGAAUAGGAUGCAGCUCGUCACAGUGGUUCGCCUAUUUCUUUGUGUACUCAGUGCGUUUCAUUUAUUCCCGAAAAUGUCUUCCAAAGGCAGCGUCACCCAGGACGUCCAUCCAAGCGCGUCUGUUCUCUUGGAUUUCUCGUCGUUCAGAAGCCGAUUUUCUUCUAAGAACCACUGAACCACAUUUCCAUUCUGCCAGCCGCAUACACGUAGUGUGACUGACUCUUUUCCUUCCAAAAGGAGAGCUGAUGCACCCUGUUUACGUCUCGAACCAGGGAGGCCGCUAUCCGGCAGGUUUCUGCAGCAUCUGUCAAACGCUCCCGGUGUACAUCCAUCCCAAUGACGGUUACUGUUUAGCUACUCAGAUUGCCCGACAGGCAAAGGCAACAGCUGUCUCAGUGUCACAACCGUCAAAUGACGCUUUUGCUGGUUUUUCCCCUGUUGUUCUUCAUGCGUCCUUGUGCCCUGUGGCGCCGUCCACUCCGGUCUCGCGUGCCGAUUAUUGUUUUCCGCGUAAGAAAAACUUAUCUUGCACGUCGUGUUUCUCCCGCUAGAGUCGCAAAUGGCACCAGCAAAUGACACGAGCGCCAGCAAACAAAGUGACUCGCUCGACUCUGGAAGAACCACUUCAGCCGUCGAUGCAGUACACGAAAGUAGGGAGGCCGACCGAGGUUCUGCUGAGGCAGCCAGUCUCUCAGGUCUCAGCAGUGAGCGUCGUUUUCCAAGCACAUGGUCAAGCCCACAAGAUGGUCCCGACCUGGGCGGCGAUGCGUCGAGUUCGCACGCAUCGUGUGUUGUCGGAGGCUUUUCAAAACAACAUGACAGCUAUUCAGGGCCGUCUCCGAAUUCGGAGGAGUGCCAGAAUGCAAAUAUCCAUGCUGUGGACGGCAGCAGUGGAGGCCGAGAAGGCGGCGCCCUGAGGCUUUCUACUCUUGGUGAAGAUGUCUUUCCACAGGCUAAAGAUCCUGCGGGGUCCGAUUUGUCGAAAGACAGGAACAACUGUUCUCUUGGUGCACCAUGCAGCGCACUUGAGUCUCUCGCUAACGAGGCUGGAAGUGGACUCGACUCGUCUCUCUCCUCGUCUUUUCUGCAGCGCUUAGGCGUACGUGCGGUUUCUGCCUCAGCAGUAGAAGAACGCGUUCAAGAGGAACUUCAGCAACAGGAAGAAACGCUGAAGAAGCAGAGACAGAGACAUCGAUCGUCGGCGUCCUCCUCCUCCUCUAGUUCCUCGACAGCCCUGCCGUCUUGUCAAGAGGCAGCCGGUCGGUCUAAAGCGCCUUCGGUCCGACAACCGCCUUCGGGAGGCCUCCGGCCUUCCGAGAAGCAGGCGUUUUUCGGAGACGAGAAAGGGGGAACGGAGGGACAGAGCGCCACACGUUCUCCAGGCUAUGGGGUGGAAGAUCACAGCGGCACUGGCUUCGAUGCGCUCGUAAGAGGAUUCGCCUCUCGGCUGGAUCCAGCUGUCGGAGAAAAGGAGACACGGGAGAGAGGCGGAGCGACAAAUGCCGAGCAGGCGUUUUCGCGGAAACACGAAUUUUCUGCUCGGCAAACUCGCGCGGCAGACGCACUGCGACUGACAACACAAGAUUCCGGCUCGGAAGGCCGAUUCCGUGAAGCAUCACGACACGAAGACCAACAGAGCUGUAGAGCACCCGAGGAAGACGAACAAGAGAAAGACAGGGAACACCCAGGGGCGCUGCAUCGCUUUCCGUCCCCCGAGCGACCUGACGAGGGAGGGCUCCAUGGAGUAGGACGCGAAAAGGAGCGAAUGGUGUUUCUCAGAGGCGAAGACGACGAAGAAGAUGAAGAAGAUGGAGAUGAAGAGGAACUUGAGGAGGAUGAGUGCUGGACGCCGGAGAUGCAGAGAACAAAGCAGUAUCGAGGGGGUAAGAAAAGUCGCGCCGAUCUACAGGCGAGUGAAACGCCGUCACUCCCGCCCACUGGUCGUGCUGAUCUGAAAAGGAAACGAGGAAAGAUUUCUGAGCUCUCCCCUAGUAGCGAAGCUGCAGUCCGUAGCGUACCUCCAAGCCGUUCCCGCCAUGUCUCACCUGCUACCGGGGAUGGCGCCGUGAAGAGACAUCUCGACGUCCGAAAAGCGAGGAAAGAAGCAGGCACAAAUGACACUUCCAGGAGACAGAGGACAACUUCGCCUGAUCUCUCAUCUGAAGAAGAAUCGGCGUACAGCCCCGAAGAGAUGCCUUCUUCCGCUUCUUCUGUGUCUUCUGACGGCGAAUGCAAGUCAUCACGGUCAGCGCGAGGGGACACCGUCGCCUCCCGGUCUCCGUCGGAGGCGCGUCUUUGCGACCCGCCUCGCCAGCGACUACCGAGUCACACACCGCCUUCUCAGGCUUCCUCUGGACGUCUGGACAAAACGUCGGUGGACGACUCGUCUCUUACAGUGUAUCGUCGUCGCGUGACUCUGUUCGAAAAGAACGCGCGACAAAGCAGCGACUCAGCCUUCGGCGAAGAGGUCCUUGUUUCUGCCGAGGCGGACGAGAGGAGAGAGCAGGGUGAGGGAGACGAAGGCCGCGGAGAAGCCUCUUCCGAGUCUCCCCAGACCUUCCUCAGAGUGCCGAAAUUCAUCUGGGAGAACCUGUAUCCGCACCAGCAGACAGGGGUUCGCUGGCUGUGGCAACUGCUCAAGCAAGGUGUGGGCGGAAUUGUCGGGGACGAGAUGGGUCUCGGCAAAACGAUCCAGGCUGUCGCCUUUCUGGCUGCUCUGCACCACUCUGGCGUCUUGCAGGACUUGUGGGAGUUCCAGCGUCAAGCAGUCGCCCGAGCUGCGAUGUCGUCGAUGCCGCGCGGCGCGGCUGCUGCUGGAUCUUCUCGGCUCUUGCGAAAAAAAGGGGGAGACGGAGGAGUUCUCGUUGUUUGUCCGGCAACGGUUCUCCACCAGUGGGCGAAGGAGUUUCAUCUUUGGUACCCACCACUGCGCGUCUGCGUCUUCCACCAAAAGAGUAUUGAUCGUCUGGAAGAAGCAGCGCGGGCAGCUGAGGAGAGCAACGGCAUUCUUCUGACAACUUACGAGACGUUUCGAAUGCAUCUCCGACUUCUCCUGCGAUACGUCUGGAAGAUGGCCAUUUUGGAUGAAGGACAGAAAAUACGGAAUCCGCAUGCGGCAAUUACCCUCGCCGUUAAACAACUGCCGACUCCGCAUCGUUUGAUUCUCUCCGCGACGCCGAUUCAGAACAACUUGCAGGAAUUCUGGUCGCUUCUGGAUUUCGCUGCGCCUGGGCGCCUCGGCACACUGCCUGUCUUCCUCGAGCAAAUUGCAGAACCGAUCACAAUGGGAGGGUACGCAAACGCUUCCCGGGAGAGCGUGGAGGCCGCGUACCGCUGUGCGUGUCUUCUGCGUAAAGUUGCACUGCCUCUGAUUCUUAGACGAUCCAAGAAAGAAAUGCAAGAAUUUCUGCGUCUCCCAAACAAAGCUGAAGAGGUACUCUUGUGCAACAUGACUGCGGAGCAGUACGCCCUGUACGUGGACUUUCUCGCCGUACAGAAGGCGCGCUUUUCUCGACACCACUAUCACCCAAACGAUGCGUUUUCCUCUCCCUUUGAGGCUUCUGAAGAGACGCUGGAGAAACGCGACAGAUGCCGCAUGCUCUUCACUCUGUCCGUGCUGAGAAAAAUUGCCAAUCACCCUGACCUGCUUCUGGUCCACAACGAGGUCCGCCCCGAGGACUACGGAAAUCCAGAGAGGUCUGGAAAACUGAUCGUCUUGCGAGAAGUCCUUCGCGUCUGGAAGGCCGAGGGCCGGCGCGUUCUCCUCUUUGCUCAAACAGUUCAAAUGCUCGACAUUCUCCAGCGUUUCCUCGAAACCUGCGACCCCUCAGUGCCUUCGUCUUCUUCCUCGGCGCCUUCUUCGACACUCGGCGGAAAAAAAGGAUUCUCGUUUUUGCGCUUGGACGGCGGAGUUCCGGUCGCCAGUCGACAUGCAAUAGUGGACAGCUUCCAAAGAGACUCGUCCAUCUUUGCGCUGCUUCUCACGACGCGCGUCGGCGGCGUCGGCCUCAAUCUCACCGCAGCAGAUCGAGUUGUGAUUUUCGACCCAGAUUGGAAUCCGAUGACUGACAUGCAGGCUCGAGAGCGCAGCUGGCGAAUUGGCCAGAGCAAAGACGUCUGCAUUUACCGGCUGCUGACCUCGGGGAGCGUGGAAGAGAAAGUGUACCACCGACAAGUCUUCAAGUUCUUCUUGAGUCAGAAGGUCCUGCAGGACCCGCGGCAGCGAAAGUUUUUCAAGCGCAAUGACCUGCAGGAAAUGCUGGAGCCGCCUCCACCUCCGCCAGGAUACUCCGCGAGCUCUGCGCCAGGCGUCGGUGCCUGCGUGUCUUCGAAGUAUCGCGACUGGCUGCGCGGCGGGAUCCGGUGGGAGCGGCGAGCUGCGGAGAAGGCCUUCAAGGGCGGUCGGAGCGAGGAGACAGUGGAGACAGGCACGAGGAAAGUGUGGGGUGACCAGCCGGAGGUGGAGGACGAGACCUGGCAGGCCUUCCAGCGCGCAGCAGCCGAGGCCGGCACCGACGGCAACCUGGGCGAAGAGCUGGCUCGUGAAAACAACCUCAUUUUGAAGACGUUGCUCGACGCUCAAGGCAUCAAGACAUCCCUGACGCAAGACGACUUAGAACGACCUCUUCUGGACGCUUCCAUCGUCGAUCGCCAGAGUCGCGACAUUGCGAAGGCGGCGAUGCAGGCGCUGCGCAACUCGCAGCUGGAGCGCAUGUCUCACGGCAUCGACGUUCCAACGUGGACGGGGAAAUGCGGACGCGCUGGCAUUCCCGCCGCAGCGGCCAGACGAUCGAACGCUUCACGAUCUGCUUCUUCCUCGACUUCUGCGUCUCUCUGCUCCCUCUCUUCUCCGUCCUCCGGUGUUGCUGCGUCCAUUCUCGCUGGCCUGCGGAAGCUUCAGCGUUCGUUGAGAGCAUCCAGAGAGCCUUCGCUCGACAGCCGGGCCGCGUCACUUUCGCAAGACCGAGACGACCGAGGAAGCAAAAGUAGAGAAGGAGCCAGAACCGGAGAGAGAGACGAAACUGUCUCCCUCACAUUUGAGGAGAAGAAACUGGCUGAGGAAAUUCUUCACUUUUUUCUCUCGCGGCCAGAAAGCGACUUUGCUGUCACCACUGGAGAGCUGUUGGAGGCGUUCGCGCCGCGGAUCCCGAGUAUGCAGCGAGAGAAAACGUCUUCUGACAAGACGUUUGGGGAAGAGAUAACAACGGGGAUGAAAGAUGAAAGGAGAGCAAGACGAGGGAGGAAGGGAGGACGAGAAGAAUUGACAGAACAGCAUCUGGAAAGACAGUGUGUCGAAUCGAGGGGAACCACGAGAGCAUAGGCACAAACGAGGAACAGGAGAGAGUGAGGGAGGAGCACAGACGCGGAUGUUAGGAAGAGCAGGUGGAAAAACAGGCGAGAAAAACUAGGCGCGAAGGCUUGGGAGGGGGGUCUCUGUGUCCGAGAGUCGUUUUCUGCCGUUGUCAGCCGUCUUUGAAGAAGUGACAAGUCGAGAAAAAGCAGGAGACUCGCACGCAACAUUCGCAUCCUGUGAUUGGACUUAUGUUUUCGAGCAGCGUUUCGCCGAAAAGUUUUCCGCGCCAUGCUCAAGGAGCUUUGCGAAAUGGUGAAAAGCCAUGACGCAGCUCACCAGCCGAGCUACUGGAUCCUGAAGCCUGAGUUCCGUCCUGAGAUCUGAAGACGCGACUUCGUCGACUUUCUUCUCGACUUUCUUGCUUCGUCUCCGUCCCCGGUGUCUGUCGCUGUUCCACGAGUCUCUUCUCUUGCUUCCCUGUCGUCGUCGUCCCCGCCUUUCGUCUUCCUCUCCUUUCCGCCUCAGUUCUUCUCUCUUCUGUGUCUCCACCUGCUUCUCCCGCCUUGUUCUUUCUCGCGAAAUACUUCGACCAGCGAAGCGACCGGCGAUGAGCUGAGGAGCAGCGCUGCGGUGGACGCCUCUCUGUGGACCGCGUCGUCUUCUCAACGUACUGUCAGUGACUUCGCUGCACUUGGCGUGAGCCGCCUCGCGCAACAGUCGUGCAUUGCCUGCAUGCAGAGAGAAACUUGUGACUGAAGGCCGCAACGAAAAAGACUGCGACAGAAGAGAAGAACAUCUUUCGUAGUCUUCGCGCGCUACUUUAGGUUCCGUCCUUUCAGCGACGUUUGGCUCGAGGCAUACGUCCAACUUCAGCUGGCCAGUCUACUUCAGACGCACCCAAUGACGGACGCAUGACAGAGAGAUGUGAAAGACCUUCGCCGAAGACCCCCGCGUCUUCUCAUUUGAAGGAACGCAGAACAAAAACAGCCAAGAACCACACACGCGCAAUAACUCCUCAUAUGCGCGAAUGUAAAUCGACACA